UACAUUGGACUUUUUAACGUCCAAUCGCCGACUCUUACGUAUUCAGCCGAGUGUCAUUGCAGUUUUUUCUCUCGCUUGCUCAACAGCUCUCGUUCGUUAUUCAUUCAUUUUGCUCAAUUCUGUCUACUGUUAGUUUGGCCCAUCAAAGUGACUCGUGCGAAAGCAUUCUUUUUAAAUUUUCAUAGUCAUUCCAUUUGAAAAAAAAAACCAAAUCCAGAAAUUCUGGGCUUUGAUUGUGAAAACUACGUGAAACAAAAGUAACCAAUCAAUAGUUAUAAGGAAUAUAGGCAUUAGUGUUUAGUUUUUUUUUUGACCAAAGGAUCUAAUUUGCAAAAUGAAACGUUGGCGGUUUAAUACUCUGCUGCUGAUAGCAAUACUGUCAAGUUGUCUAGUCACCAUUUCAGCGAAUAAUGAUGACGACGAUGAUGGUGUAACAGUAGAAGCCGAAAAAAUUGAACAUCCAAAGCCCGCAUAUGAAUCGUUAGAAUCAGUGAUAAACUAUGAAAGUCCAGUCAUUCAGCCUGGAAAAUUCCACUUUGCCGACCAUUUCGACGAUCCAAACAUAUUCGAUGAGAAAUGGGUGAAAUCAACAGCGAAAAAAGGCGAUGAAAACAGCGAUAAAUACGAUGGCGUAUGGGCGAUUGAAGCACCAGAAAAUCCAAUCCUUCGAAAUGAUCUGGGAUUAGUUUUGAAGAGCAAAGCACGACACUCAGCUGUUUCAUCCCGAUUAGUGAAGCCAUUCGUAUUCACCGACAAACCGCUCAUCGUUCAGUAUGAAGUUCAGUUGCAGGAGGGACAAGAAUGCGGCGGAUCAUAUCUGAAAUUGUUGUCAUCGGGAAAGGAAACGACCGACUUGAAAACGUUCCACGACAAAACGCCAUAUACUAUCAUGUUUGGUCCAGAUAAAUGCGGAAAUGACUAUAAAUUGCAUUUUAUCUUCCGUCACACCAAUCCGUUGAACGGCACAAUUGAAGAGAAACACGCCAAAAAGCCAAAGGAACGCAUUGAAGAGGCAUUCAAUGACAAAAAACCGCAUUUAUACCAAUUGGUCGUGCGACCGGACAACACUUACACUAUUAGCGUCGAUCAUAAAAUUGUGAAUGAAGGUUCGUUGCUCACGGAUUUCACACCGCCCGUUAACCCACCAAAGGAAAUUGACGAUCCAAAAGAUUUCAAACCAGCAAACUGGGAUGAACGUGAGAAGAUACCCGAUCCAACUGCAUCGAAACCAGAAGAUUGGGAUGAAAAUGAACCACCACAAAUCCCAGACAUCACCGCAAACAAACCAGAGGGAUGGCUUGAUGAUGAAGAAGAAAUGAUCGCCGAUCCAGCGGCCAAGAAACCAGAUGACUGGGAUGCUGAAAUUGAUGGUGAAUGGGAAGCUCCAUUGAUUCCAAACCCUAUCUGUGAGAAAGUUGUCGGCUGUGGACUAUGGUCAGCACCUUUGGUUGCUAACCCGAAAUAUCGUGGUAAAUGGCGUGCACCACUCAUCGAUAAUCCAAACUAUCAAGGCAAAUGGGCACCAAAGCGUAUACCAAAUCCAAACUACUUCGAAGAUCCGAACCCAUUCAAAAUGGCAACAAUUUCAGCCAUUGGUCUCGAAUUGUGGUCAAUGUCAAACAACAUUUUGUUCGAUAAUUUGCUCAUCACUGACGAUUACAUCGUUGCCGAAGAAUGGGCCGCAGUCACUUAUGGCUUGAAACGCAAACAAAUUGAUUUGGAAUCGGAAACCAUUGUGCAACGUCUUUUGAAAAUAACCGAUGACAAGCCAUGGCUUUGGGCUGUAUUUGUAUUAGCUGGUGGUUUACCAAUCACCUUAUUCGUUUACUUCCGAUGCUUUAACAAGGAUUCACCGCGUCAAGAGAAAGCAAAAGCAAAGGCAAAGAAGACUGAUGAAGUGCAACCAGACGACGAAGAAGUUGAAGAAGAGUUUGAGGUUGAAGAAGCUGAAACUAAGAGCACUUCUCGGCCAGCCAGCAAAAUGGAUUUGGAAGAGCCAAUUACAACAUUGCAAAAUGAAGACGAUGAAAACGAUGAAGAUGUAGACGAUAUUGAGACAAACCCAGAAUCAGUUCCUAAAGACGGUGCACGAAAGCGAAAGCCACGAAAAGAUUAAAUGAAAGAAGAAGAAACGGCUAGUCGAGAGUUUUAGUUCCAUUGAAAAUUCCACACUUAUAUCGAAUAGAAUCGAUUUGAUUUGAAGGACUGGACAUUGUGACAGUUUAUCACCCAUUUUUUUUACUUUGGCGUAAUAAUUUAUUCGUUUUGUUUUUGGUUUUCAUUUCUUUUAAAGUAUGGUAUCGAUUUUAAGUGCUUGAGCGACAUAAUUGUGAAUGUCAGUUAGAAAAACGAUCAAAUUUUGAAUGAACUCGAUCAAUGUAGAUUCUGUCCUCAUUUUAAAAUCCAUAAACUGUUUUCUUUUUCUUAUUCUCUUCAUUUCCACGUGAACACGUCUAUCUAUUUCACACCAAGAUCAUUUUUCGAAACGAUUAAAAUUUCACACGUCUGCAUUUUAUGUAUUGUUGAGAAAUCGCAUUGUGCUCUUAUCUCUUGCUCGUUCACGUUAUAUCAACGCGCUUUUUAAAUAUCCCAUAUAUAAAUGUGAAUCAACAACAAUAAAAACACAUAUUCAUUCGUUCUGUCGAUCGUUCGUGCGACGAUUCAUUGUAAUUGUGUCCAUACACAAGAAGCGAUUUCUUUUGUCAUUUUUUUUUCAAUCGUACCAACAUUCAACCAGCCAACAGAGGUAAAAACAAUAGCAAUUGCAUUUUAGUGUUAAGUUAUUAUUUUUGAAAAUGUAAUUUAAAGAAAAAUCGAUUGAAAUAAAACUGACAAUUCUAAACUGUAAAA